CUGACUCCACUACCUCAUGGAAGAAAAAAUGCUAACCCUCUUGAAUUUCCCACAAAAUAGCUUGCCAAGAGGACUCGGAGAGAGAAAAAAUAUUGGGGUCUAAAUACAAAAAUUCUAAGAGGGGAGGGGGUUGUGUGAAUGGAAAUAUGACCACUUUCCGGACAUUUAAAGCAGAGACCUACACAAAAAGAAUAGCCAGGACUGUGUUUGCAGUUUAAAGCAUGAGGGCAAGAAAUGGAAAAAUUAUCAAUGUCAAUUUAGGUAGAUAUUUAUCUAUUCCUCUUAGUGAGACUCUUAGAACAUCAGUUCACUGUGUAUCAUGCAGAGAUUGGAGGAAACCCAACAAACCUAUAAACAGCAAGACAACUUUCUGGAAAUCCAUAUGAGUAGAGGGGCUAGGAAGCCACACAUCUGUGCGGUCUCUGCUUCAACCUUUCCUUCUCUUUCCUUUCCCCCUUGCUCUUCCUCCUCCCAAGUUCUCUCCUCUCUUUUGUGGCUUCUAGCCUAUGAGCUGGCUGGGGCCUUUCUUAAUACACACCCCAGCAGGGCUUUAUAAAGACAGGGCUGGAGGUCUCAGCAGCCACACACGCCCCGUGCCUCCUCUUUUAGGUCUGACUGAAGGCUGCCCGUGUCAUCCUCUCCAGGGUCAAGAGGGUGCAGAUUAGAGAUGCUGGUGGCACAUUUUUGGGCCCUCAAUCUUCAGAUUUUCCUCCUGGGCCCUAUCCUAAGGGCUGCAAGUAUGGCAACUAUGGAGGCUCAAGCUCUGCAUGAAAUUGAGAAGGAGCCAGCCUACUGGAAUGCACAAGCAAAGGCAGCCCUGAAUGCUGCUCUCAAGCUCCAUCCUCGACACCACCGGGCUAAAAACCUCAUCCUGUUUCUAGGAGAUGGAAUGGGAGUGAGCACAGUAUCAGCAGCUCGAAUCCUGAGAGGUCAGAUGGAGGGUUGGUCUGGAGAAGAAACAGUGCUGGCAAUGGACACUUUCCCCUAUGUGGCCCUUUCUAAGACCUACAGCGUAGACAAGCAGGUAGCAGACAGUGCCAGCACAGCUACAGCUUAUCACUGUGGGGUAAAGGCCAACGCUAAAACCAUCGGGCUCAAUGCAAAAGCCGUGGUCUACGAGUGCAACACCACUUUUGGCAACGAGGUGCACUCGGUGCUGCGACGUGCAAAAGCACAAGGUAAAUCGGUGGGCAUUGUGACAACCACACGUGUCCAGCAUGCAUCCCCAGCUGGUGCCUAUGCCCACUCUGUCAGCCGCAAGUGGUACAGCGACUCAGAUCUUCCUUCCAGUGCAAUCCAGCAGGGCUGUGUCGACAUCUCCACCCAACUGGUCACCAACGUCGACAUUGAUGUGAUUUUAGGAGGAGGAAGGAUGUACAUGACACCUGAAGGAACUCCCGAUCCCGAAUAUCCUACCUCGUCGUCCCGUAAAGGAGACCGCCUAGACAAAAGAAACCUCAUAAAUGUCUGGUUAAAGGCCAAGCCAAAAAAAAAAUCCCACUACGUCUGGAACAAGAAGGGAUUUGAUGAAAUAAAUGUCAAAACAACAGAUCGGCUUAUGGGUCUUUUUGAACCAAAGGACAUGAAAUUUGAAGUUUUUCGAAAUACCUCAAAUGAUCCAUCAAUUGUGGAAAUGACAGAAAAGGCAAUUCAAAUCCUCAGGAAGAAUCCAAAAGGCUAUUUUCUAUUUGUGGAAGGAGGGAGAAUCGAUCAUGGUCACCAUGACAACACUGCCAAGCUGGCUCUCAGGGAGACGGUGAUGUUUGAUGCAGCCAUUGAGCGAGCUGGACAGCUCACCAGAGAAUCGGACACACUGACAGUGGUGACUGCUGACCACUCUCAUGUCUUCACUUUUGGAGGAAGCACACCACGAGGAAAUCCUAUCUUUGGUUUGGCACCAAAGGACGCCAUGGACAAAAUGCCUUUUACCAGCAUUCUUUAUGCCAACGGCCCCGGAUAUGAGCAUGCCAAUGGAAGCAGAGACAACAUCACAAUGGUGGAUUAUGAAGAUGACGAGUACAGGCAGCAGGCGGCUGUCCCUCUGGAAGCAGAGACACAUGGCGGCGAGGACGUCACCAUCUAUGCCAAAGGCCCAAUGGCUCACCUGUUUCAUGGAGUUAAAGAGCAAAACUAUGUGGCCCAUGUGAUGGCCUAUGCUGCCUGUUUGGAGCCAUACACCAACUGCCCUCCUCACCCCCUCGACCGCUCAUCAGCGGGAGGCAGAAAAAUGCAUGUGGGUCUUAUAUUUAGCAUGUUUGGUCUCCUCCUGCUGCUCAGAUGACCCUAAUGCACAAACACACAACCGAGUCGCUUCGAAAUCAUGGAGCAAAAAAGGGCGUAUACACACUCUGUUCAUGACAACAGGUGGACAAUGUCUGCACAGGCCAGCAAAUCGGAAUGCAGAGACAACCAUACGCUGUAUUUGCUAUGUAUCCCACCAUGCCUGUAAAUGCAAGCUUCAGCAUGCAUGUGUUUAUACCUCACAUAUGUAAAAAGCAAAUACUGAUGAGUGGUACUUGCAGUUAUGCAAAGAUUAAGUUGUUUAUGUGCAAACAGAAGCACCUUUUUAUAUAAAUGGUGUACAUUUUUUACAAAAUUGCACUAACUUGUAAUGCUUUAAUUUAGUUUGUGAUUUAUUUUUUAUUUUGCUGGUUUUCUUUUCAUCUUGAGUUAUAAAAAGGCUCAGCAAGCACUGCUCUUGCAGAGAUGUCAAACAUUUGCCCAGAGGCAAUUUACCAGGUACACAUUAAUCUGACAUUUUGCCCAGAAUAACCUGGGAAGAAAAAAAAAAACUAACUGGCUGAGGCUCAUGCUGUCUUGGACACACAUCAGAACAUGGCUGUUUUUGCACAAGUGGAAAAAACAACUUUGGACUGCAAAAAAAAAAAGACCUGCACUAUUAGCCACCAUGCGGAGAUGCAACUUCUCCAAGCUUUUUCGUGAGCUCAUAGUCGGUCUUUCAGGGUUUUUUUUUUUUUUUAACAAAACUGCUUCUGAAUGUUUUUUCUAUCAAAUGCCUUACAAAAAUAUGUGUAAACCAAUUGAAUUGUAUAUUUUUAAACAGAAUCACGAGUUUAUUUUUUUAUUUUAUAGCAAAAGUAUAAAUAAAAAUCUACUGUUA